UGAUCGACUGUACAAUUUGAAAGAAAAACAACAAUCAAAACCAACAAGGAACGGAGUGAAUAUCUCCGAACCUCAAGAUUGUGAUUUUCUUUUAAAGGAGAAUGAGGUCGAAACUGGAACUCUGAUGACAAAUUUACAAGACAUUGAUAGAUGGGAUGAAUUAAUAAACGACAUUAUUUAUAUUAGUGAAAAAGCGCAAUAUAAAGACGUAUGUAAUCGUUUCAAAGAACGCAUUUUACCUUUUAACGAAUACGUGCAAAAGAAUAUAAAAUAUUUUACCCAAGACGUAUCACAACUAUAUCGAAUAAAGAGGAUUAUCCUCGCCGAACCCAUUAAAAGUAAAUAUGAUAAAUUGAUUUCAGAAUUUGAUAAUCUGGUAAAGGAUUUUGAUAUUACCGUGAAUGAAGCAUACGAACAAAAAAGAAAAAACUUCAAUGAAGAUAGUGUGGACAUGCAAGAGUAUUUAUCGGAUGUGACCGGAGCUUUAUCGGAACCUCACGACAAUAGCGGAGAAAUUCAAGACGUGAUAAGUCAACUAUUUGAACAUAAUGUUGAUCCCGUGAAGCAAUCAUUAAUAGUCCCCGAAUUUAUUAAUUCAACCUUUAUUGAACCAACAACUCUUGUAGAACCAAUAAAUAAGAAAUCAGACAUUCGUGGAAAUAAAAAACCAUUUGUUAUAAAAAAAUUAUAUAAAGCUUUAGAAAUAGCCUGUGUACCAAUAUUCAUGCCUACCGAAGAAACGUCUCUUAAAGCAGAACAUUUAAAUCAACAUAUAAAAAUUAUGAAAGUACUAAACUCCUCACAUAAUUUUAUAAAAUUUCACGGUAUCUCUCAAAUUGACGACACUUUUGUAAUGAUCAGCGAAUGGGCUGAAUUGGGCAGCCUAAAGGAAGCAUAUGACAAUUACAGUAUUAGCUGGAAUAUUAAGAUUCAAAUAGCACUCGAUAUUUGUCGUGGAAUAUAUUUUAUGCAUGAAAAUAAAAUUCUCCAUCAUAAUUUACAAUGUGACAAUAUUAUGAUGUCAGCAUAUUGUGAACCCAAAAUAACAAAUUUUGAAUAUUCAUAUUAUAUGGGUAGUAAUCCCCUAUCAAUUCCAAAUAUGAACGAUAUUAUAAACCGGAUGGCUCCAGAAAAAAUUGAAAGUUUCAAUUUAUAUCAAUAUGAUGCCAAAUGUGAAAUGUUUAGUUUUGGGAUGUUGUUAUGGGAGCUUGCCUAUGAAAAAAUUCCCUAUCAAGAUUGGGAUGUGCAUAAAAUAAAACAUCACGUUUUAAGUAAUAAUAGGGAAACCUUAAAUAUCGAAUCGACAAGUAAUAAACUUCAAAGAAAUUAUUUUCAAAUUAUUGAAAAUGCUUGGCAUCAAAGUCCAGAACAUCGUUUAAAUUUUUUCGAUAUUUUUAAACAACUGGAUGAAUUGGUUUCUAAUUAUUAUCAAAAUGGUCUUUCCAAGAACUUGAUUCCAAAGUAUAAUUCUACCGAUCCUAUUGAUGAUGAGUUGGAAGAAAAGGCAAAAGGGUGGAUUGAAGAUGCCAUUCAACAAAAAUUUAUCAAGUCAAUAGAAUGGACCGAAUUUAGUCUUCAUAAACCUAUCGGAGCAGGAAAUUUUGGAUCAGUAUAUAAAGCAUACUGGUCUAAUAUUCACAAUUAUGUGGUUUAUAAAAAAUUGAUAGUUUCGUCAAAUAUUCAAUAUAAAUUGUGGGAAGCAUUUAAACACGAAUUACAAAUACAAAGCAGGGUGCAUACCUGUGAAAAUAUCAUUCGAGUUUUAGGCAAUCAAGAUAUUUGUACGAUAAUUACCGCAAUAUUAUUGUUUGGGAGUAGAGAAGAAAAAGUACCAGAUACCCCUGAUGAAUAUUAUAAAUUGUAUAAUGAAUGUUGGAAUGACAAACCUGAAAAGAGACACACUAUCGAAUAUGUUUAUGAAGUAUUAGAAAAUCUAUUAAUAAAUAAUGAAGUUAAUAAGGGUAUGGAUAUUUAG